UUCUCGAGUCUCGUUGCCUUACUAAUUCAAGCUGCAUAGAAUCGCAUUUUUGCGUGAAUCUCAGAAUGAAGUGAUUUUCGCCUUCUUCAAGCGAAAUCCCUAGUGAAUUUCUCUCUGAUUUCUCACCCACCCUGAAUAAUUUGCCCCAGGCAGAAAGCUGAUCAGAACUCCCAACCAAAUAGUGCUCAGAAUGAAAGCUUCGAUCUUGAUGAUGAAAUUGAGCAAUUGAUGAAGCUCCUGCUCUUACCAGAUUCCGAAGAGGCCAAUAAAACGACAUUCUCCGAAGAACCACAGGAGUGACGGGGAGAAGAGAAGGUAUGGGAAUGGAGAGACUGAAGGAAAUCGCGCCAUUUGUGAGAGAAGCGCUGCACCAUACUGCACGAGUAGCAAAAUUCCUCUGCUUCGUUCACGUCUGCAGCACCUACCUCUGCGGCGUAGCUAUGUUAACCGGCCCCAGUAUGCUCCCAACGUUCAAUCAUGGCAACAUUGUUCUGACCGAGACAAUAACGAAGCGUUUGGGUAGAGUCGGAUCGGGCGACGUUGUGGUCGUGCGGAGACCCGAUGAACCAAGAAACGUCGUCUGCAAGAGAAUCAAAGCUGUUAAUGGCGACGCAGUUUCAUAUCUGUCUGACGCCGAGACAAGCUCCGAGCGCGAGACUGUUGUUGUACCGAAGGGGCAUCUUUGGGUGGAGGGAGAUAACACGCACAACAGUCGUGAUUCCAGACAGUUUGGUGCAGUUCCUUAUGCAAUGGUGGAAUCCAGAGUAUUCUUUGUGGUAUGGCCCCCAAAGGAUUUCCGGUUAAUUGGUAGCAAGGUUUCAUAAGUUGAACUUGCAGUAUGCAUCAGGGCAAGUUUUUACAGUGUUCAUGAUGAUUUGAUUAAUGUUUUGGCUAAUUUCUUGUUUGUGUACAAGAGCCAAGAGGAGAUGAAAUCAGGCAAGAAGUAUGAAAAACAUUAUUAGAUGUUUGUGAGGAAAUGGAAAUAAUCAAAAUAUUAUUGGAAAU